AUGAUUCGAGCGUACCUACAAUUCUUCCAGGAAAAUGGGCUGGAAACCUGGAUAGCCCACGGGACGUUGUUGGGAUGGUGGUGGAAUGGAAAGCAGAUGCUCCCAUGGGAUUGGGACCUGGAUGCGCAAGUCAGCUCCGAAACCCUUCAGCAUCUCGGCGAUUAUUUCAACCAGACAGUUUAUAAUUACACCAGUAUAUUAUCGGGCCAGAGAAGGCCACGACAAUAUCUGCUAGAUGUCAAUCCAGCAUCAAGAGAGCGAGAGCGCGGUGACGGCCAAAACAUUAUCGACGCCCGAUGGAUGGACAUUACCAGCGGCAUAUUCACCGAUAUCACGGGAAUCAGCGAGCUAAACAAUGAUAUCGAGCCAGGAGUCCUGUCGGAUAAAAACUUCCACACGUAUCGAGCUGCUGACAUCUAUCCAUUACGCGAGACCACAUGCGAAGGAGUUCUCGCCAAAGUCCCGUUCAACUAUGUUGAUAUCCUCAUCACGGAAUAUGGGAAUGAUUCUCUCCGGAGGACAGAAUAUGAGAAGUGA